AUGGGCGACGUGGACUUGAACUCUGACCCCUGCUCCUGCCCGUCCUCCCCUCUGUCCCGCUCUGGUGUCUCCCCUCCCUCGCUGGAGCCCUCCUCCUCCUCCACCCUCCCCUUCAGAAACGGAGUCAUGCUCUUCAUGCUGUCUGUGAGCGCGGAGCAGCUGCAGAGGUUCAAGGAGCUUCUGGUGGAGGAGGACCCCAGCCCCGGCUGCACCCCGCUCGCCUGGGGCCAGCUGAAGUCAGCCCGCUGCGGGGAGGUGGUCCAUCUGCUGACCGAGUACUUCCCGGGACGGCGCGCCUGGGAGGUGGCUCGUGACAUCUUCGCCAAGAUGAACCAGACAGAGCUGUGUCUUCAGACGCAGAGGGAGCUGAACGAAAUGUUACCUAACUUGGAACCGGAGGCCUCGAGCCUGAGAAGGAGGGUGCUGACUUUGGAGGAAGAUGAGUCUGAUAAAAUUCGGGAGUACAAGGCACGUGUGAUGAGUGAGCAAUCAACCCUGUGCGACAGGACAUCUUGGCCUGGGAACAACGUGGACUUCUUUUACCAAGAGCCCUGCAGAGAAGACACUCUCCUGCAGUGCCUUCUUCUCCCCAGAAAGCCCCAAGGAAGACAGCCCAGGACUGUGGUCCUGCAGGGAGACGCCGGUGUCGGGAAAACCACCGUGGCCAAAAAACUGAUGCUGCAGUGGGCGCAGGACACGUUCUACGCCCACAAGGGCUGGCUCGCUUUCUACCUCCACUGCCAGGAGCUGGACCGGCCGGAGGAGCAGAGCUUCUCCGAGCUGAUUGCCCACAAGUUGUCUGGGUCUCCGGCUCUCACGUCUAGGAUCCUCUCCCACCCAGAGCACCUCCUCCUCCUGCUGGACGGCUUCGAGGAGCUAACCUUGACCCUCAUAGACAGACCGGAGGACCUGAGUGAAGACUGGGGCCAGAAAAUGCCAGGCUCCGUCCUCCUGACCAGUCUGUUGAGCAAAAGGAUGCUCCCUGAUGCCACGCUCAUCGUCUUCCUGAGGUCCAGCUUGUGGAAGACCGUGAGCCCCUUUCUGAAAGGCCCCUUUCUGAUCCCCCUGACGGGCUUCAGCGCACCUGAGAGAUCCAUGUAUUUCAGGUCGUACUUCAAAAACAGGCACGAUGCCGACGCAGCCUUGCGUUUCGCCACGGGCAACGCGGUCCUCUUCUCCAUGUGCCGAGUCCCCGUCACCUGCUGGCUGGUGUGCUCUUGUCUGAAGCGGCAGAUGGAGAGAGGAAGCGGCCUGCCGCGGGCGUUCCCCAACGCCACCGCCGUGUUCGUCCACUACCUCUCCGGCCUGUUGCCAACCAGGGUGAGGCACGUCGGCGGCGAGACCCACCAGGAGCAGCUGAAACAUCUGUGCUCCUUGGCUGCAGAAGGCAUGUGGAAGAACCAGUGGGUGUUCGGUGAGACGGACCUCAGCCUGGCCAGACUGGACGAAAGGGACGUCGAGGCGUUUCUCGGGGUGAGGGUCCUCCGCAGGGCGGUGGCCGGCGGAGACCUCGUUGCCUUCACCCACCCGAGCUUCCAGGAGUUCUUUGCCGCCCUGCUCUUCGUCCUCUGCUUCCCGCAGAGGCUCAGGAAUUUCCAGGCGUUGGACCGCUUCCGCAUCUUACAGCUGCUUGCUCAUCCCGAGAGAAGGAGAAACCACCUGGCCGGGAUGGCGCUCUUCCUGUUUGGCCUGCUGAAUGACACGUGCGCCCUGGCCGUGGAGCAGCUGUUUGGGUGCAAGGUGUCCCUGGGGAACAAGAGGAAGCUGCUGAAGGUCGCCACCCUGCCGCCCGACGGGGACCUCCCGACCCCGCAGCACGGGCUCCCCCAGCUUCUCUACUGUCUGCACGAGAUCCGGGAGGAGGCCUUCGUGGGUCAGAUCCUCCACGACCACCGGAAGGCGCGGCUGGCCAUCAGCAAGGUCAGAGACCUGCAGGUCUCUGCCUUCUGCCUCAAGUUCUGCCCACGGCUGCAGGAGCUAGAACUGGCCGUCGCCUGGGCCGUCGCCAAAGCGACCAGCCUCUCGCCAGGCCGGCUUCCUUCCCCCCGACCAGAAGGCAGUGACAGGAGUUCUCUCUGGUGGCAAGACUUCUGCUCUGUGUUUAAGACACACGAGAGUUUGGAAGUUCUGACUGUGAAAGACAGCGCGAUGGACAUGGAGGCCGUGCAGAUUCUUGCCGCAGCCCUGAGGCAUCCACACUGCAACCUCCGAAAACUCAUCUUUAAGCGUGUGGGCCCCCUCGUGGUGAGUGAAGGCAUCAUCAGAGUUUUGGUGGAGAACCAGUACCUGAGGCACCUGGAAAUCCGAGACACGGAAAUGGGCCCCCGAGUGAUGGAUGCUCUCUGCAACACCCUGAGACACCCGCGGUGCUUCCUGCAGUGUCUCAGGCUGGAAGGUUGCCCGUUCAACCCCACCAACAGGGCUGACCUCACCAGGAGUCUCAAGAGGAACAUCCAUCUGAAGACCCUGAUGCUGAGACGUGGCUCCCUGGAGAGGGGCGAGCAGUGUCCCCCCGUGCUGGCGCCCCAGCUGGAGAGGCUGUCGCUGGAGAGCUGUGACCUCACGCUGCUUUCCUGCGGAAGUCUUGCCUUUUCUCUCGUGAGUAACCAGAGUCUGACCCACCUGAGCCUAGCAGAAAAUGCCUUGCAGGAUGACGGGGUGAAGCAGCUCUGGAACGUCUUAAGACACUUUCCGUCUCCUCUGCAGAGGCUGGUGCUGAGGAAUUGCGGCCUGACCUCCGAGUGCUGUCAAGAUAUAGCAUCUGCUCUUGGUAAAAAUAAAAACCUGAGAAGUCUGGACCUUGGCUGUAACAGCCUGAGGGACAACGGCGUGGCCCUGCUGUGUCAGCCCCUGUUGAACCCUGACUCUGGCCUCCAGGUUCUCGAGCUGGAGGAGUGCCAGUUCACCUCCGUCUGCUGCCCGGCCCUGACCUCCGUGCUCCUCCACAACCGGACCCUGCGGCACCUGGACCUCAGCGGAAACGGCGUCGGGCUCCGGGGCGCCAAGCUCCUGCAGGACGCCGCCCUGAAGAGGGUGCUCCGCCCGGAGGUCGUCCUCAAGAAGAGACAAAGCCGUGGUGUGGACAUGAUGAGGAGACUGGAGGGCCCGGUGGUGAACAUGGAUGUCCUGCAGGUGGUUCAGGACUGGAAGGAUGAGCUCUGUGAUCAGGCCGCAGGGACGGUUUGA